AUGAACACCGACGAACUCAGAGCUGGAAAACUUUUCAAAUUUCUCGAAGCCAUCAUCAAUGGCAAACAACCCCUCACAUCAAGAUCCAGCGCGCGCUUCUUCGAGGCCAUCUGUGCCCAACUCAAUGCCGCGACCUGUAUCAGCAUGCUGAUCUCCAGUACACAAGGAAUCGAAUGUGUACAGACCGCGAUGCGCUUUGAUUUAACCCCCACUUUCUUCAAUGGUCCUGCGACAGACUUCCUCAAGUAUAUUUCGUCUCCAAAUCUUACGAACAUCGGCGGAGGCGCUUUUCUGACCAAGAUCAUCGUUGCGAUUGUCGAACCACCUAUCUUCUGGUCCCCGUUCACAAAGGCAUUUCAAACGGGCCAGUUGAGUGAAGAUGGCCAAUUUGCCUUUGCGUGGCUGCUCCGGCAGCUGAUCGCUUUGCCCGGAGAAUCGGCUGUCCCUCAUCGUGAGCUCGCCAAUAACCCAGCGAUCUCCGCCGCCCUCCUUUCCUCCCAUCGUGAAGACGUCCGCGACCUCGCAUCCCAGAUCAAGAGCUAUCUGGACACACUCCGUCUCGGCGUGUCGGGCGCUUCUGCGGGCGUGGAUCCCUCUCAAGGUCCAGGCGGGAGACAUGACAACGACUUUGCGGACUUUCGCGAGAUCGCUAUCCUCCCAACUGCGGAUGAGCUCACAUCCACACGUGGAUCAUUCCUACGCCCGAGCGCCGUGCUCGAGGAUCCGGACACGGCAGAGACGCGCGUCGCGACGCACCUCGACAAUCAGUUCCGCUUGCUCAGGGAAGACAUGCUAUAUGAGAUGCGGGAGGAAUUAGACAUCGCGCUGGGGAAGAAGAAGGGGAAGUUUCGCGGACUCAUCAUCGACGGCCUCACCCUCACAGGGGUACAUUACCAGAUGUCGGUCGACGAGAAGGCAUGCAAGUGGGGCAUCACGCUGACGUCUCAUACGGACCUGCACUGGUUCAAAGAUGUCAAGCCGACGGCCCGUCUUGCGCACAUACACGACAAUAAGAAGAUAUUCCGGCACCAAUCAAUGACGUGUCUCAUUGUCGAUGAAGAGAUCGUUGCGUUUCCGACAGUGAACCGAGAAGAAGAACUUCUGGCGAAGAACCCACCCGUGAUCGUAGUUCAGCUCGAGGGCGCAACGAGCACAACUAAGGCUCUGCUCAAGCUUAAGACAUCCAAACAUAUCAAACUACUCCACAUUGAUACUGCGGUUUUCGCAUAUGAGCCCGUCCUUACUGCGCUGAAGGAGAAGCAAGGACUGCCCUUCGCGCCUGAGCUGCUCUUCUGGGAGGAUGGCAGCAAAUUGUGGCCAUCGUCGGAUAUUCCGGAACGUUUUGUCGACGCCCUUCGAAAGGAUCCUUCCUUGAAUAUCCAAAGCUAUCUCGAGACCCCCAAGAGUAUUGUUCUCGACGACGCGCAGUCUGCAUCGCUUCUAUCAGGGCUUACACAGAGAGUCUCCCUGAUACAGGGGCCGCCUGGCACUGGGAAGUCCUUCAUUGGCGCUCUCCUUGCCAAGGCCAUCCAUAACUUCACCGAAGGGAUCAUUCUCGUCGUCUGCUACACAAACCACGCAUUGGAUCAAUUCCUCGAGGAUUUGUUGAAUAUCGGCAUUCCUGAGGCAAGCAUCGUCCGUUUGGGUGGCAAGUCGACUCCAAAGACGGCCUCUUUGGCCAUGCGGAUGCAGGCGAAGGUGCACAAUAUGUCGAAGGGAGAUUGGAGCGCAGUUGACAACCUGAAGGUCGAGUCAGCACAACUCCGCACGCGUCUCGAGAAUAACUUCAACGCCUACAAGGCGUUCAAUCCAAACACCGCGGCCAUACUUGAUCAUCUCGAGCUUGAGUUUGAGGAAAACGAUUUCUUUGACGCGUUCUGCGUACCCUUGUCUGAUGACGGAAUGCAGAAGGUCGGGCGACGUGGGAAAACAGCUAGGCCAGAUUACCUUCUUGAUCGCUGGUCCAAGGGCCUCAACGCAGGAAUGUACAGCCGUGCUUCCAACGUCCUUGACGCGGCAGCUAUUUGGAGCAUGACUGUUUCCGACCGACAAGCUAAGCUCGCGCAAUGGAAACAAGACAUGCUAAGGGACCGCGUCGAUGUGUUGUCCACAGUAGGAUGGCAGUACAACCAAUGUCUAGCGAUGCUCGAAGCCAAGUUUAGUGAGAGAGAUGCCGCGCUCCUGCGAAGCAAGCGUAUCAUUGGGUGCACGACCACCGCAGCGGCGAAGUAUCGCGAUCAGAUCAACGCUGCACGACCGAGUGUCCUUCUGGUGGAGGAGGCUGGAGAAAUCCUUGAGUCGCAUAUUCUUACAGCCCUUAGCACGGAGACAAAACAGCUUAUUCUCAUCGGGGAUCACAAGCAGCUGCGUCCAAAGGUCAACAACUACAGUCUCACGGUCGAGAAGGGCGACGGAUUGGAUCUCAAUCGAUCGCUCUUCGAGCGUCUCGUCCUGAAGGGAUAUCCCCACGAGACGCUUCGCAAGCAACAUCGAAUGCGCCCAGAAAUCUCGGACCUGGUCCGCCAGAUCACGUAUCCUGAUCUCUUGGAUGCUGACGGAACGAAAAAUCGUCCAAAAUUGCGGGGUGUACAAGACUAUGUUGUGUUCAUCAAUCACGACAAACCCGAGGGCGAGCUCCCGCAGCUUCAAGGGCAGGAUGACAUGACUGCCAAAGCCUCCAAGCAAAAUCCAUUCGAGGUAGAGCUUGUGUUGAAGAUCGUGCGAUAUCUGGGGCAGCAGGGCUACGGAACCGACAAGCUUGUGAUCUUAACUCCUUACCUUGGACAGCUGCGAGCCUUGCAAGAGGCAUUGAAGAAAGAUAACGAUCCUGUACUCAAUGAUUUGGACUCGUUCGAUCUCGUUCGCGCCGGAAUGCUUUCUCCCUCGGCUGCGAAACUCAACAAGAAGCCAAUUCGUCUGGCUACAAUCGACAACUACCAGGGAGAAGAAAGCGAUAUCGUCAUCAUCUCUCUGACACGAAGUAACUCUAAUAACGACAUCGGGUUCAUGUCCUCUCCUGAGCGCCUGACAGUUCUCCUCUCUCGUGCGCGGGACGCAAUGAUCAUGAUCGGCAACGCGGACACUUUCAUGAAGGCUCGCAAGGGCAACGAAUCUUGGAAUAUACUGUUCAAAUCGCUUAAAAGCAAAGGCCAUAUCUACGGAGGUUUCCCGGUCAAAUGCGAGAAACACCCCGAUCGGAUAGCGCUUCUGAAGACCGCUGAUGAUUUCGACAAAGAUUGCCCGGAUGGUGGAUGCCGAGAACCUUGCGGAUUGAAACCGGCAUGUGGCAUUCAUGAUUGCCCACUGAAGUGUCACCCAGAUUCAGACCACUCUAGCAUGCCGUGCGAGGCCAUCAUGGAUACACUAUGUCCGAAGAACCACCGACAAAGUUAUAAGUGCCAUCGAGGCCCUCCCGCCUCUUGCACCACGUGCGACCACGAAAAGAAACUAGAAGAGAAGAAGUUGCGGAAGCAGUUCGAACGACAGGAGCAGGAGGCUGCGAAGCAGCGGGCCCACGCGAAAGAAUUGGCGGAGCUCGACGAACAGAUUGCUCAGCAGCGAAGUGCCCUCCGAGACGCACAGCUUGAUGAGGAAAGGAGCAAUGCUAUUGCACAGAAGAUUCAAGACUUACAGGAUGCUGCCGAUUUUGCCGCUCGAGCAGCGGCUUCCCGAUCAGCUACUAUUCCCACUGCUAAUUUUUCACCGCCCGCCAGUUUUACUGCUCCUUCAACCUCUCCGGAUAUCGUUGGCUCAAAGCUGCCACCAAACCUACCACCGAAGAGUGCAAAGCCAUCAUCAAGCAAGCAAACCAGGAUAGACGAUACCUCAAAAUCGAAAAAGUCUACACAACGACCGAAGACCCCACCGCCCCCGCAGAAGUCUGCUGCUCGAGAACAAUGGGAACGCCAGAAGAGUGCGGAGGGCGCGAGCAAUCCUUCGAUCGACGCCAUCAUGGCAAUGACAGGACUUGAAGAAGUCAAGGUCCAGGUUCUCACAAUCAAGGAUAAGAUUGAUACAGCCGUCCGCCAGAAUAUCUCUAUCAAUGAGCGAUUCAACGUCACUAUGCUCGGGAACCCUGGUACCGGGAAAACUACUGUUGCGAGACAUUACGGGAAAUUUCUUGCGUCCAUCCAAGUCAUCCCUGGAAAUAUGUUUGUCGAGACUACCGGAUCGCGUCUCGCUCAUGAUGGCAUUGACGGCGCCAAGAAGCACAUUGCCGAAGUCCUUGCUGCGGGAGGAGGAACGAUCUUCGUCGACGAGGCCUAUCAAUUGACGGGCAGUGGCGCGUAUACUGGUGGCCAAGUGCUAGACUUCUUGCUAGCCGAAAUUGAAAAUCUGGUGGGGAAGGUCAUAUUCAUCUUCGCUGGAUACGACAAAGAAAUGGAGAAGUUCUAUGAACAUAACCCAGGAUUGCCGAGCCGCAUACCGUAUACCUUCCGCUUCAAGGAUUACAACGACGUUGAGCUUCUGGAUAUGCUCGAGGGCACGAUACAUAAGGCCUAUGGAGGAAGAAUGAAGGUGGAAGAUGGGAAUGGUAUCAGAGGACUUUAUGGCCGCAUCGCUGUCCGUCGUCUCGGCCGAGGUCGGGGAACGCCUGGAUUUGGGAACGCCCGUGCACUGGAGAACAUGUUCGCACAAAUACGUAGCCGACAGGCCAAGAGACUUGCAAAACAGCGUAGCGAGGGUUUGAUUCCCGAUGAUUUCCUAUUUUUCAAGGAGGAUCUGAUUGGACCGGACCCAUCAAAGGUGAUGGGCGAGAGCGCAGCAUGGAAGAAGUUGCGUUCGAUGAUUGGACUUGGAGCGGUUAAGAAAUCUGUGACCGAGAUGUUUUCCAUGCUCGCCACAAACUACCAGCGGGAGUUGCUGGAAAAGGCACCUCAUCAGAUUUCGCUGAAUCGUGUAUUUCUUGGAUCUCCGGGCACUGGCAAGACGACAGUAGCUCAACACUACGGUCAGAUACUGGCUGAUUUAGGAAUGAUCAGCAACGGCGAAGUGGUCAUGAAGAAUCCGUCAGAUUUCAUCGGCAGCCACAUCGGACAAUCAGAGGCUCAGACAAAAGCUAUCUUAGCAAGUACUAUUGGGAAAGUCCUUGUAAUUGACGAGGUUUGUCGCCUCAAAGAAGCGUAUAUGUUAUAUGGCGGAGCCGCUGGGCAAGGCGCGGAUACAUUCAAAACAAGUGUCAUUGACACCAUCGUUGCCGAAGUUCAAAGUAAACCAGGAGAUGACCGUUGUGUGCUAUUGCUAGGUUAUACGCACCAAAUGGAAGAAAUGUUCCAGAAUGUGAACCCAGGAUUAUCCAGGCGCUUUGCGAUGGAGAACGCAUUCCGCUUCGACGAUUUUUCAGAUGAUGAAUUGCUAGAAGCUUUGGAAUGGAAGCUAGACGAUCAGGACUUGACAGCUACGGAUGCAGCAAAAAAUGUUGCCAAGGAUGUUCUGAACCGUCUGCGCAAUCGACCAAAUUUCGGUAAUGUCGGAGAGGUAGAGAAUUUGCUUGGACAGGCCAAACUUCGUUACCAGCAGCGUCAAGGAACACUCCCUGUCGAGCAAAGGUCGCCUGACGCCCCGUUCGAGCCGGAAGAUUUUGAUCCCGACUACAAUCGAGACGAGCAUGCCGCUACGAACCUUGUAAAGCUCUUCGAAGAUAUCGUGGGCUGUGAUAAUGUCAUCAAGAAGAUGGAGGGAUAUCAGCGAACGGCAAUAAACAUGAAGGCGAUGGCGAUGGAUUUCCGCGGGCAGAUUCCUACAAAUUUUAUCUUCAAGGGUCCACCAGGUACGGGCAAGACCACCGUCGCACGCAAAGUGGGUCAAAUAUACUACGAUAUGGGCUUCCUAUCUUCGACCGAAGUAGUCGAGUGCUCAGCCUCAGAUCUCGUUGGACAGUAUGUCGGCCAAACGGGUCCGAAAACAAGAAAGCUCUUCGAGAAAGCAUUAGGACGAGUGCUCUUCAUCGAUGAAGCCUACCGGUUGAGCGAAGGGCACUUUGCUCAAGAAGCCAUGGACGAAAUGGUCGGCCUUUUGACUCAGGAGACAUUCCGCGCAAAGCUCGUGGUCAUCCUCGCCGGGUACGACAAAGAUAUGAAUGCUCUGAUGCAGGUCAACAGCGGACUAUCUAGCCGAUUCCCAGUUGAAAUCGCUUUCCAUAACAUCUCUUCUACACAAGCGCUCGAAAUACUGAAGCGGAAGCUGAAGAAACAGAGCAUCCGUCUUGAUGCCUUGGAUGACCAGACAUCUACGGUUUAUAUCCAAAUGGUGGCCCUGAUCAAAGAGCUUUCGAGUCUUCCAUCCUGGGGGAAUGCGCGGGAUAUUGAAACGUUGUCAAAGCAAAUGGCCUCCCAUGUCUUCACGUCAUUGCCACCGCCAGUCGGCCCCCAUUUGAAAGACUCCGACAAUCUACUCACGCUUGUGGGUCAAGAUGCGAUAGUAUGCAUUCAAAAUAUGCUUUCAGAGCGGCGUGAGCGUAUUGCAAAUGUGCCUAAGCAUACCUACCGCGGUCAUCAGAGAAUGCCUGAACCCCCCGCCCAGACCUCCGCACCUCCUUCUGCCAUGUCCACUUCCGCCCAAGCAAGUACAAAGCCGCCGCCGCCAUCAAUACCGAAAAAAGAGGAAGAACUGGUUCUGCCUACACACGACGGCCGCGAUGAUGGCGUCACGGAUGCUGUAUGGAAUCAGCUUCAAACCGACAAAGCCAGAGAAGAAGAUGAGGCUAGGCGUAGACAAGAGGCGAUACAGAUGCUAGAGCAGCGGAUGGCUGAGAUAGCCAGGAAACAGGCUGAAGAUCAAGCGCUCAAGGAGAAGCUAGAGGCAGAGCUCGCAAAGAAGAGGAGGAGAGCUGAGGCUGAGCGACAGGAACUUCAGCGCAAGCUGAAUGAGGCGAGAAUCCGCGAGCAGAGGAUGAGAGCAGAAGCUGCGAAAAAGGCCGCUGAAUUGGAGGCUAGGCGAAGGGAGGAAGAAAGACAACGCCGAGAAGAAGCGCAGGUUCAAACUAAAAUACGUCAGAUGGGAUUGUGUGUUGCAGGAUUCCGUUGGAUCAAACAAGCGACAGGGUAUCGAUGCGCCGGCGGUAGUCAUUUCAUCAGCAAUGCGGCUCUGGGGAUAUGA